UUGGGUUGUGUAAAAGAUGGCCCACACUAUCGAUCGAAACCCUAGAAUUAGACAACAACCGUCAUUGUUAUCUAUCCCCAUUCUACAAAAACACUCUCCGACCACCGUGAGUUUGUUUUGAACGCUGUUUCAUGAUGGCGACGAGUUCAUGCGACAAGGUCAUAAAAAACACUGAUCUUGUGACGAACAUUCUUCUUCGAUUGCCGGCGAAAGACGUAACCCGAUCCAAGUGCGUCUCAAAACAGUGGCUGUCUCUGAUAUCCAACCCUUGGUUCUGUCACUCCCACACUCACACAUCUUCUCCGUCUUCCCUUUGGGUCCGUAACAGCCGUAUAGUCUCAUUGACCCACCAAUCUCAGGUAAGAACAUACCUACCUUUUGAUGUCGAUGAAAUUGUCAAAUGGUCAGAUGAGGGUCCUUUCAUUGAAAUUAUGCAAUCAUGUAAUGGUCUUCUUCUAUGUAAAUCCUUACUUUUCGAUGGCCGUGUUGGCUGUGCAACAUGUCGUUACCUAGUCAAAAACCCUGUCACAGAGAAACUUCUCAUCCUCCCCUCCCCUCCCAAAAUCAAAAGCUAUUAUUAUCAGGUUGGACAUGAUGAUUUCGAAAAAAUAGCUGCAGUGUAUUUGGAUUUUGAUCCUUUAAGGUCCUUUUACUUCAAAGUUAUUUCAAUUGUUAAGCUCCCAACUGGUGGUGCUGAUAGUGGGAAGUUUAGGAUCUAUGUGUAUUCGUCCGAGACACAUUCGUGGGACAAGGGUGAGGUUUUCUUCACUGCUUCACCCGAUAUGAAGAUUGAUUCUGGGGUUUACUGCAACGGUGCUAUUCAUUGGUGCACUCCUGGUGAGGUUUCAAUGUACUUUGAUGUGCAUGAACAAUGUUUUAAGCCAUUACCUGAACCCUCAUUUAAAAAGACUCGUAGUGAUGCCUGCAUUGUUGUUAAGUAUUUUGGGGAGUUCAAAGGGAAUUUGCAUUUGGUGUUGACUGAGGGUGAUAGCAAGUUAGAUUUUGAUGUUUUCAAGCUGAAGGAAGAUUAUUGCAGUUGGGUUCGGAUAUACCAUGUGGAUCUGAAUCUUGCAAGGGAUGCAUUUUUUACCAACAUUCCAUCAUUUCAUGUGGUAUGUGUCGUUCUUGAAGGGAAUGAAGAGGAUUGGAUGAUUGUAUUCCUAGUGGACUCCAAAAUGGUGUCCUAUAAUCUAAAGGAUCAUGCUUCAAGGAUAGUCCAUGAAGUGGAUUUUAUUACAGAAUAUCAUGUAAUAAGAAAAUCAUUUCAUCAGUACUUUGAGACUAUAUGUAACGUCCCCUGAAUGUUAUUUGGAAAUUUACUUACUUGUGCUGAGAAUUUUAUUGUUUUUAUUUAUAUCAUUUGUUGAACUUAUGUAAUCUUAUUAAUAUAAAAGUUAUGAACUGAAUGUGGAAAUGUAGAUACUUCCUACAGCAAAACACAUACAUAUAUAUGUAUGUGUGUAUGUAUGUAAAGGGGGCAUAUCAAGUGAGAGGAGUGAGUGGCUUAUAGUGAGAGAUGAGAGCAUUACAUUAUAAUUGUUGGAUCUACAUAGAUUGUUCAGAUUUAGUUUCAAUUUUAAACACUCAAAUAACUGAGAAUUUGGGAUUUCACUCCUGGAGUACUAGUCGUUCUUCUUCCAGUAACCCUCUCCUGUGCACCGGCAUGAUUUCAAGGCAGUGUUGCUCUGUUUCUCCUUCUCUACCACGCACGACAAGCAUCCUCUUGCACGACAAGCAGACUCUCAUCUGUUCUUCGUUUGACUGCUGUUUUUGCGCUCAUCCUCGUCCAAUCUAAAGUUGUCAAAGGUGACUGCCAACCACCCUGCAAUGUGACAAUGACCAUAUCUGAUCUGUUCAGGUGAAAACUUAUACAUCUUAGCAGUCACAAUUAGUUUAUUGUUAGUUUUGAUUCUGUUUCUUCGCUUUACUUGUUAACAAUUCUUUUGAUUCUAUUGUUCUCACUCUGAUUCUUAUCCUUCUUCUAUAUGUUUCCUUCCUCAGCUCGCAAACCUUCUAAUCUUCUACCAUCAACUUUCAUACUUUCAUUUCCCUUCUCGUGAAGAACUGAAGUGAGUGUGGUUGACAUUUCUUUGGGGAUCAGAUUAAUUUCCUCUUCCCCCCCUGCAAUUGUUAUAAUCCUUGUGCCAGAGAGUAAUAUGUUUUACAAUUGCAAUGAAUUUUUGACCGAAAUUGUUGUCUUUUGUAUUACUGCAAAUUCAAUGGUGGACUUGGUUCUGUGAAUAACUGUGAGCAGAAGUUUUAAUAUCAGUGAAGGGCAUGAAAUGCAGAACAGUAGAAAAUUAAAAUUGCUGUGCUUAAUUCACCACUUUUUGGAAAGCGAAACGAGAUAUUUUACAAAUUAUAGUAAUUUAAAUGAAUCAAUUCAAUUUCUUAGUAUUUCAAAUCCUUUGAAAAAUCUUUUACCUUUCUUUGUGCAAGUAUUUUUCAUGUCUUUGGACUUCGAUUGAAAAAGUUUAGGCUCUUGUUUCCCAUGCUUAUAAGUUGUGUUUUUAUGUAUGUCAAAUGUGAAACACUGGAUACAGCUUAGAAUUAGGAGGUAGAUUAAGCUUAUAAGUGACUUGUCUAUACUGUAAUUGCAAAGUAGUGCAUUUGUAAUUGCAAAACUCUACUGCUUGUUUGUGUUUGCUCAACUUUGACCUUGUGUCAUUGUUUAAGCUCUUUAAGUACCAUGAACACAUCUGCUCUACCUUUGACAGUCUUACUGACCUUCAUUGACAUUAUUGCAGUCCCUCAUAAUAGUAAAUUGAAUCAUAAAGGUUUGGUUUUCAUCCAUUCUUACUAAGCAAUUGACUUUUCAUGUUCAGGAAAUUUCAUUAUACCAGACUAGAUUCUAUUGUGCUAAAGUGCUAGAGUUGGAGGUUUUAAGUUAAUCAUUGACCGGAGCUAAUUGUUGCUUGUCUAGCCACAGUAAUCGCACUGGCUCCUAUUCUAAAAGUUAUCCUAGGUUCAAUUGCUUUUGCAAUCUUCUGGGUAUUAGCUGUUUUCCAGCAGUGCCUUUUCUACCCGUUGGGAGAACUUCUGGUUACCUGCUAUUUAACUACUAUUUGCAUAGAAGGUAACAGAAGCAGUUUAUGUGAAUUCAGGGGAUAGCUCGCUUAAGCUCAUAAGAAAUUCCAUGAAGUUAUUCAGUGGAUGUCAUAGGAACUUCUUGUCAUAGGUGAGACCAAUGAAAGUUUUUCUGCUCUGUUCAUUUGAUGGAAGUCUUGUUUUUGAUAAAUUUAUCUCUUGGCUAUUUUCAUAGAGCAAAUAUUGGUUGUUCUCUACCUCUUGACAAGCAUAGGGAUCUAUUCGAAAGAAUUCUCAAAUUGUCCUUAUGAAGAACCUAGUUUAGAUGAUUCUAGUAGUCUCGAGACAUAUUCAGAAUAUGAUAGCAUGGACUUGGAGAACUUUGUCUGCGAAAAGGUUUCAGAAGAAAUUGAAGCAAGAAAGGAGGCAAGUGAAAAAGUUCUGUUCCAUCUUCAUAUGCCUGACACCCUUCUGAGUUUGUUGAUGGUAUAAUAUAAGUACCUAACCUUAUUGGGCUGCUUUUUCAGCGUUUUCUGUAGUUCUGAAAGCACUAGAAGCUACAAAGACCAGGAAUUUACCAAUGAACUAAACCCCGGUUUUCUGUUUUGAUACUUCAUUUUGGGUUUGUCUAUAUAUGCCUUUGCUUGUGGACCUUCUCUUUAACCCAAUGAUAUCACUGUAUUGAUAACAGCGAACUGACAUGCACAGAUGUUCAUGUGCCUGCUGAUUCAGUAUCCAAACAGAGUGAGAAAUUUAGAAUAGAUAGUCCUUAUGGAGACCCUCCAUUCCCAAGUAACAUGCUAUGAGCUAUUCAUUCUAGUUGUUUGGUAUCUCUACGAACAAACUGGCAGAUACAAGGAUUCAUACAAUAGCAAGCUGAUACCAUUAAAAAGAAUGGUGGUGUAUGACAUGUACUGUGAAGAUUUGAGUAGAUAAGGGAAAACACGAAUAGAGCACACAUCAAAGGAGGAAGUGCCCAAGUGACAGGCGAAAACGGAGGAUCGAGAAUGACCCAAGGUGCGCUAAAAUCGGAGGGAGAGGAUGGGGAGGUCCACCGACCGACGCUACUACUGGGAAGAGAGGGAAGAGAGCAAAGCUGAUGAACCCCUGGUUGUAACCCCUGUAGUGUUAGUGUUGUUUUUUCUUCUUAUAAAUCAUAGUGCAUAUUUGAACACACUUAUAAAAAAAUCACGGUGAGUCAAAGUCAUAGUGAAAAAAUGUAGAGUAGAUAGCCAUUUUGGCCCCUGAUUGUGUACACUUGAGACGAAGUGGUCCUCAUACUUUGAAAAUGAUUCUUUUUCGUCCUUGAAUUUGUGGCCAUCGGUCAAGUUGGUCCUUAAUUGAGUUUUCCGUUAGUCCAUCAGACGAAAAAGUCCAAAUGUAUUUUUGCCACAUUGGCUUGACACGUCAUCAAUGACUCACAUUUUAUUA